GAAGUUCUACUUUCAGUCUGUGUAACCGGCUCAUCAUCAUGCUUUGAGGCGCUUUCGGACUUCUCGUCUAGAUCAAAGAUCGGCUUUUCUGAAUCUAGCCCUCGGAUGAAUCCCCGCCCCGAAUUUCAUUCCAAUCCUCUUGGUCGUGGGUAAAACCUCAUAGACUGGAGCAGCCCCUUGCAAUAGCAUCAGUUUUCGCCUCAGACUAAAAGAUUCGAAUAUGGCCCUCCUAAGCUUCAAACGCCGCCAUGGAGGGUGGUAUUGUCAAGACUCAUAAAUUCACUGAACGGCCACCUGAUAUCAUCUGAGUCGGAUCAAAAGACUCACAAUCACCAACCGAUUAACGGCCAUGACAAAUCCUACUCGUGGCGACAGCAUUCCCACGCACAUGCUUCCCACCACAGUCUUUUAUGCUACCAUUCAGGAGUUUACCAACCAUCUCCACCAACUGCAGACAUACACAAAUAGUAUUCAGCGAGAGAAUGAACAGAUUCAACGCGAGAAUGAAGGAUUACUGAAGCAAAUCGAGGAAUUACGUGCCUCCCAGAAAUGUCAAGAGCAAAUGCUAAAGCGUCAAAACGCUCUUAUCUGCACACUGGAGACCCAGCAAGCAAAGGCCGACUGUUUCCUGUCCAAGCCGAAUGAUUAUAACUCAUCGGCACAUUCCCAACAACCAGUGUCUUCCGGGUCAACUCCAACAUACACCCCGACUCAGGGACCUCCGCCUGAAUGUUACCCAUAUGAUGAGUUGAUGGCUCUGGUGGAGACGUAUGGAGAUGAGUCUGAGAUGAGCAACGGACUGAAGAGAAAAGCGGAAGAUGUGUUGCGGAGCGAUGUCAAGCGACAAGCUGUAGACGAGAGUCGGUCAAUGCAAGAAUGA